CUCCCCCAAGUUGAUAUAAACAGCAUGCGACUCCGAUCCAGCUAGUCACUAUUCAAUUUUAUUCACUGUGAGAAUUGAGCUUAUUCAUUUAUUUUUACAUUGGAAGUUCGUUAGAUUGAGCUAGAGCUCUGAUGUCAUCUGAAUUGAAGUAUCUGUGUGGUUUUGGGAAUGAGUUCUCAUCAGAGGACCCGCGUUGUCCCGGGGCUCUUCCUAAGAAACAGAACAGCCCUCAGAAAUGCCCUUACGGCUUGUAUGCAGAGCAAUUAUCUGGAACAGCAUUCACAGCUCCUCGUUUGGAGAACAAACGCUCCUGGCUAUAUAGAAUAAGACCAUGCGUAAUUCACCAGCCUUUCACACCAAUUGAGGCAGCCAACUUCACAAAUGAUUGGACUAGUAAUCAUCCAAAUCCUAAUCAGAUGCGAUGGAAGCCUUUCAGCUUUCCGAAUGCUGGAGAAUCCAUUAAUUUCAUUGAAGGAAUGCAAACAAUUUGUGGUGCCGGAGAUCCUACAGUACGCCAUGGAGUUGCUAUCCACGUUUACUCCUGCAACCAGUCUAUGAAAAAUAUAUGUUUUUAUAAUUCUGAUGGCGACUUUCUAAUAGUUCCACAGAGCGGAAAUUUGAGAAUAACAACGGAGUUUGGGAAAAUUGAUGUAUCUCCUGCAGAAAUAUGUGUGAUACAGCAAGGAAUGAGGUUCAGCGUUUCUGUUAACGGAGUGGCAAGAGGAUACAUUUUGGAAAUAUUCAACGGUCAUUUCGAUCUGCCAAAUCUUGGUCCAAUAGGUGCCAACGGCCUGGCCAAUCCGAGAGAUUUCCAAACGCCUGUUGCACAUUACGAAGACAAGGAUGAUGAGUAUUCUAUUGUUUCCAAAUACCAAGGGAAAUUAUUUUCUGCUAAACAAAAUCACAGUCCUUUUGACGUAGUGGCUUGGCAUGGAAACUACGUUCCUUACAAAUAUGAUUUGAAUAAAUUCAUGACCAUAAACACAGUUUCGUUCGAUCAUUGUGACCCUUCGAUUUUCACAGUACUCACCUGCUCUUCUAAUAAGCCGGGAACAGCGAUAGCUGACUUUGUCAUUUUCCCUCCAAGAUGGUCAGUGGCUGAAAAUACUUUCAGACCUCCUUAUUUUCACAGAAACUGUAUGAGCGAGUUCAUGGGACUUAUAACUGGUAAAUAUGAAGCAAAAGAAGACGGCUUUAUGCCCGGGGGAGCGUCCCUUCAUUCCAUGAUGACUCCUCAUGGUCCCGAUGCCGAAUGCUUCAAAUCAGCUUCAGAAGCACCAUUGAAACCUUGCAGGGUGGCAGAUGGUACUAUGGCAUUCAUGUUUGAGAGUUCACUCAGCUUAUCUGUCACUAAAUGGGGAGAGAAAAUCUGCCAGAAAUUGGACCCCGACUACUUCAAAUGUUGGCUGAAUUUGAAGAAACAAUUUAACGGAAUAAAGUGAAAAGAUCUUGACACAUUUUCACUGUAUCAAAUCACUUUCCAACUACAUCCUUAUUCUACAAGACAAGGAAGAGUUCAUUCUAAGAUCAAUAAUAGUAAAGUACUAUCUCUUUGCAAAGAUUUAUAGAAUUCAAUAAAGAUAAACUAAUAAAGAUGA